AUGCGGGAUGAGUCCGACAAGGAAGGUGGUCCAACUGAUGCGCCAGCACAGGCGCAUGACAGGUCAAACGAUGCUUCUGAAAGGCUGCUCCAUUUUGAUGGAGUGCGGACGGUGUUCGCCUUGUGGAUCGUGUUCCACCACAUGGCGCCGAGACAGCCUUCGUUGUUGGACAAGAUGCUGGUACGAGUCGAUGUGUGUGUGGAGUUUUUUGUGCUACUUUCGGGUUUCAUGACGCACUACGCAUACCACAGCAAGGACAUAGAAUCAUCUUUUGGGUCGCUGGCGGCGUUCUUUGUUCGCCGCUGCUUCCGUUGCCUGCUGGCCAGCUACCUGGGCAUGGUGCUCUGCACCGUGACCUUGUGGCUGGGUGGCUUUGAGGUUUGGUCCUUCAACACAUUGAGCUGCUUCCUCCUCAUCAAGACAUGGAUCGACCCGGAGCCCAACUGCCCGAACAUGCCGUCGUGGUUUCUGGUAUCUAUGCUCCCUUCGUGGCUGCUAUACCCGAUGUUCAGACCCGUGUUGGGGUGGAACCGGUCCACGGGCGGGCAUGU